AUGAUCAAAAAUAGUAAAGCCAACCUCCCGGAAGGAAACGACGUUUCUCCCUCGUACGGCAGAGAAGUACGAGGUUUUUCUCUCCGAUAUGUUUACAGUUUACUUCAAGUUCUGUUGCACCGCACGCACUGCAAUAGUAGCUGUUAUUGUUCUACCCAAAGCUCGAAAGCGUUUUCCGCCUGUCGUCCAGACGAAGAUAAUUCCACCGUCCUCCCACAGUGUUUCCUACGACAUCCGACUGGUUCAUCGAUUUAUUCUCAUCGACAUCACUGA